AUGCUCAACUUUCUUCGCUCUUUCUGGCGCAUCAAACGCCCAUUGACCAUGGAGCCCCUCAUUGCCGUCGUCGGUGCCACGGGCACCGGCAAAUCCAAGCUUGCGGUGGAUUUAGCCACCCGUUUCAACGGUGAAAUCAUAAAUGGCGACGCUAUGCAAAUGUACCGUGGCCUACCCAUCAUCACGAAUCAGAUACCAAUCGAGGAACGGAACGGCAUCGCACACCACUUGAUCAGUUGUGUCGAUUUUGAAGAAGAGCCGUGGCGCAUAGGGCAUUUCAAAAGGGAAUGCCUGCGACUAAUAAAGGACAUACACUCCCGAGGGAAGCUUCCCAUUCUGGUCGGAGGAACGCACUACUACACACAAACGGUACUCUUCAAGGAUCAGCUGGUCGAAGAGAGCCUCUUUUCAGGCGACAAUGAUGAUGCACAUUUCCAUGAGGAGACCGAGCCUACGUCCGCAAAGUGGCCCAUCCUUGAUGCGCCGCCAGAGGUGGUCUUUCAGAAAUUAAAGGAAGUCGAUCCCGUUAUCGCCAGUCGAUGGCAUCCAAACGACGUGCGCAAAAUCCGACGGUCCUUGGAGAUUUACUUUCAAACCGGCAAACCGGCCUCCGAGGUUUACGCGGAGCAGAAGCGUCAGAAAUAUGCGACGGAGACAAAUGGAGAUUCUUCACCGGGCCUAGGACAGCUCCGUUACCCGACACUGAUAUUCUGGGUGCAUUCGGAGAAGGAGACAUUGAACUGCCGGCUUGCCAGACGUGUAGAUUCUAUGGUGGAGCAAGGCUUGAUGGCAGAGGCCCAGAGAAUGUGGGCUUAUCUUCGGGAGAAAAAAAGGCAAGGCAUUACUGUUGAUCAAACAAGAGGAGUCUGGGUCUCCAUCGGGUUCAAGGAAUUAGCACCCUACUUUGACGCCUUGGAAAACGGUGAAUUGUGUGAAGGGGAGCUUGAAGCACUCAAACAGUCGUCGAUCGAGCUGGUGAAAAUCGCAACACGUCAAUAUGCGACAUCACAGAUCAAAUGGAUACGGAACAAGCUUUGGAAGGCGCUUGCUGACGCCAGUGCGACAAAUAAUUUGUAUCUUCUGGACAGUACAAACGUUGAAGACUGGCAGAGGUGUGUUACCGAACCGUCUGAGCGCCUGACUCAAGCGCUCCUCAACGACGAACCCAGACCGGAUCCUAAAUCCCUCUCGGACAUGGCAAGAGAAACACUGGGCGCGCGGGAGGCUCAGGCGCAGACGCAGCGCAGCGACGUGCUUCAGACCUUUACAUGUGAGAUCUGCAGUAGAACGAUGGCGACCGAAGACCAGUGGAAUAUCCACCUGAACGGGCGUGCCCACAAGAGGGCAAUCAAGAAUGCGGCAAAAAGAGCAGAGCGUGAAAAGUAUCUGCGCAACCAGCAGACCUUAGGUGUUGGUCAAAAUUGUGACGAUCCAACUCCUACUGAGCAGCCUUCAACGCCGCAGUAG